AUGAAGACUUCUCUGAUUGUCCUUGCUUGCGGGCUGCUUACUGCAGUCUAUGCCGCCGACGCAAAGCAUCACACCGGCUUUUAUAAACGUACUAAGUGUGGAUACCACUGCAGCGGCAACGAACCCCCGCUCGGCUGUCAGAACGUCACGGCAGAGAACCAGAAGAAAUGCCAGCCCUUCACCUUUGACGGGUGCUACGACGAUGCCGAAAUGAACAUUCUCAAGUUUUCUGACUGGGAGGGGCAUUCCGGUCACUCAAAGUGUGCCCAAGACUGUUUUCUAUGGAAGUACUAUGCGGUAUCCGACGAGUACUGCCACUGCGGCGAUCACAUCAAGAAAGGAGCGGUCAAGUACGAUCCGGAGCUGUGCAAGGCUCCGUGCCCCAACAAUGCGGCGGAGAACUGUGCGCGCCCGGGCUUUGCGUUGGUUUAUAGGAAGCAGAGUAUUCCGGCGCAAAGCAGGGUAUUAUUCUGA